AAUCCAUCGCGGUCGACACUCCCACCCUCUUUUCUUUUCCACACCCACCUCAAAAUUCUUAACCUUUCUCUAUCCUUUUCACCUUAAUCUUCAGAAUUAUCCUCUGCUUCGCCUGGACGUACUUUCGUACUGGGCGAAGAAGACACACAAUAUUCGAGUCCACUUAUCUUCCCCAGCAAAGACAUUUCCGAGUUCUACUACAUUUGCGUUGUCUGAAGACUUCCAGUCAAACCUCUCCGGCUCGUAUUAUCGAAGACCUCCCAAGAAUUCAGACACAUUAGCCACUCCCAAGGCUCGCAAAUUCGCAAAAUCCCCUAUUGUUGGUUGAUACGCUUGAUCUUACACCAUCGAGAACCAUGGCCGAAUCGGACGCGACUCAAGUGUUGGUCAAUCAAAGUGCCACACACAUCUCUCAGGUCUUGAUGGAAACCCGUUGGAUCUCAAUGAGCUCGCCUUCACCAAGUAUCCUGUCCUGACUUUGAGGGAAAUUGGCGCAACACGCGUCAGAGAGAUCCACGAAAAGAUUGUUGAUGAGAUCUUUUCGGCUGUAUCUAUGACCCGCGAAGACUUCCCCAAAUGUUGGGAUCGAUGCGUCACCCAACUUGAAUCAGGAAACGUGUUGUUGGCUACGAUUUUCACCGAAUUUGAUGGAUAUCGCAUUAUCAAGAAGGCAUGUAAGAAGGCGCUCCGGGUUCCUCGCAUGGAUGAAACACCUUGCCUCCCUGCCCCAAUCCUGGUUUCUCUCAUCGCCUCUCUCAAGUACCGCAAGGUAGCCGAGGCCAGGCCUCACAGCUCCAUCAUUGACAUGCUUGGUGCCCAUAACUCUAUGGCUUGGCUCAAGGUCGCUAUCCAAGUCUUUGAGGCAACCCGCCAGGAUCCAUUUUUGGUCAGGCGGGAUGGCUCAGUCGACAGCCCGGUUUACCUGGUAUCUAAUGGUAUCUGGACUGUCAAAGCAGCAAUGCCGCCCCCUCACGAAUACCUCGGAUUUAUCCAUCGCCAACUUCCCCGCCUUCGUGCCGCUCACGAGUUUGCAAGCCAUUUGGCUUGUCAAGGAGAAAGUCUAGAAGUCGCUUUGCGCCGAGUUGACCGCCGUCUAAGCCGUGAAAUCAGCGACGCAGAUACUGGAACCGCGGCUGAAGUCUGCACUGUGACUCGAACCAUCAACAGGGACCAAGCUCUUGCCCGAGUUGGUGGGGUAAUUGAACAGAUGCGAGAUCCAGCAGUCGACCGAAAGGCAUUCAAGCCUGAGAUGGACCGCUUGAUGGACGUCCAUGUCUUUUCUGUUCUUCCUCGGGAUAUCAAGAUGAGAGUGCAUAGCUAG